CCGGGGCCGGGUGCUGCGCCCGGUGGGAUGGGGCUGCUGCGGAAUUCCUGCCGCCGGGAUGCGGCGGUGACUGCUGAGGUGCUGCCCCCUCCGAGCCGGCUGGUGGGAGCUGCGUUGCCCUUUCCUGCCGCUCGCGUGGGAGGUGGGAGUGCUGGAGCGCUGUCGGGGGCUUCGGAGGCUGUGAAGAGCCGGUUUAACUCGCUUUUGGCUGAUUCUUCAGGUUGCUGCUUUUUCCAGCGUUCACCCGUGCUGUGCGUGAUGGUUCCACUCCGGUUAAGGCCGUGUCACGGGCCAGAUGUUCGCCUUAAAUAGGGCUUCUCACGUCGGCAUGAGCCGUGUUGGCAGCGUCUGGAAAGACGCCAGCGUUUAUUGAAGUGAGGCCACUUUCAGGUGGUCAGGCUUGUGUGUGGAGACACUUUCAAAAGAUCCUUCCUGUCUGUAUAUGGGCGACUAGAGGACCUGUCCGCAAGGUCUGAAGAGGAAAUACUGAGAACUGACCUCUGGGCCAGUGCACCUCCCAUCCUGUGUUUGAUUUAUGGUUGGACUCGAUGGUCUUAAAGGUCUUUUCUAGCUUAAAUGACUCUGUGUAAAAAUAGAAAUGCACAACUUCUAUACAACUCUUGCAAAGUGUAGUUGUGAUCAUUUUAAGUCCUGCAAUGCACAUGUUAUUUUUUUUCUCUUGCUUUCCUCUCUUGUAUUUCUCAUAAUUCUUUUCUUUCAGGAUCAUGUACCAUGGGUGAUCCUGUAUCUGAAGCCGCAUUGGGAGCCUGGAUUGCGUUUUAUUGUGGUAAAUGCUCCUGUGAAUUGGGUCCUGCAGCACCUGCACAGCAGUCGCCACCUAAGAGUAAAACAAAUGUUGAUCCCUGUGAAGUGUGGUGCAGUCAGCCAGUUGAGAUAUUAAGAGAACAUUGUGACGUUAUUAGAAUACUGACCUAUUGGCCUCUUCUUUUCAAAACUUGGGAUGAACCUUUGCUACCUGAGUCAAUUAUUUUAGAAGAGAAGUGGAAAUUCCUCUGUGCUACAGAUGUUCUGGAAGAUCUUGUUGAAUUAAUGAAAAAAGUUGUUAACGUUCCACACUUUAUCAGUGGCAUACUGAGAAUGGGCAGCAGAAUAGAAAAUGGUUUUUUUGAUAUUGGGGAUGCAAUUGGUUGGAUCAGAUGCCUAGAUGAUGUCAGUAUCCUGCAGAGGCUGGAGAAACUUGGUGAAUAUGGUGGGAUGCAUCUUGAAAUGUUCUUUGGUGAAUGCAAAAGGUGUAUUACUAAACUUGCUUUGGAAGAUUAUAAUUACGCUGCGCAAUUUAAAGCUUUCCCCUGUGAAAACUGCAGGAAGAUAAGUGAAUGUAUGAAACAGAAAGGAAAUGAGGAGUUCUCCCAAGGGAAUUUUGAUGCUGCUAUAAUGUCAUAUACUAAAGCCAUACAGUUUUGUCCUUCAAACCAUCUUCUGUAUGGAAACAGAGCACUUUGUUUAAUUCUCACAAAGAAGUACAAGAAAGCCAUUUCGGAUGGAAAAAGAGCCACUGUUUUGAAGCCUGAUUGGCCAAAGGGUCACUAUCACUACUGUAAGGCACUGUCAUUACUGGGGGAACAUGAAAUGGCUUUGAAAGCUAAUGAGAGAGCUCAGAAACUAUGCAGGAAUAUUCUUGAUGGAUUUAAAGAUCUUAUUCAACAAAAUGAAGCAUUAAAGAAGACAUUAGAAGAAAUGAAUGGUAUUCAACAACAUAAACAGAAACCAAAGAAGUCACUUCUUGAGAGAAAGGGCUGCAGUUCUUCAGAAUCUCAUUUAAUAAUCUCUCAAGAACAAACAGAAAUAGAAAAAGACAAAAAGAGAACACAGUCUGAGCCUAAAGAUGAAGAUUGUCAUCAAAAGCAUGAUACUAAGGUGACUGACAUCCAAAGAGCAGAAAGCAAAGGUUGCUCUGAAGAAAUGCUAGAGUUUCUGCCAAGCCAAAGUCAUCAAAACAAAGGGAGGCCAAAAACCAAACCUGGUGACUCUGAAAAGAUUAGAUAUCAUCUCAGUUUGAAGUCAGCUGUCCGAGAUGACCACUGCUAUACUUUGCUACCGGGGGAAUUAGUUAAGAGGCUAGAAGAGGUUGAAUGCUUUGUUCGUGAUGGAUACACAGCCUUGAUGGACCAGCGGUAUCACAGUGCUGAACAUGCCUUUUCACAAUUGUUGAGCAUUCUAAAGCCUUCAGAGUUAAAGCAGCUGAAUUUUCGUAUCAUUAAUUAUGUUGUAAUCAUCUAUGGACAUGCCACUGCUCUUCUUGGAAUAGGACAGCCUGAGGCAUUGACAAAGGCUGAAGACCAGUUUAAGAAAAUAAUUGAACAGUACCAGGAAGAAAGAUGUGGCUGUUUGGCAUACUAUGGAACUGGAAAAGUAUACCUCAGACAAAACAGAUUUUCAGAUGCUCUUGAUCAGUUAAUGAAAUCACAAACCAUGAUUAAUCACAAGAUUGUACCUGGAGUAUUAACUUGGCCCACAUCAUCUCAAGUCAUUGAAGAGACACGAACAGAGAAUUUACAGUUGCUUUUAAAGAAGUGUAUUGAGGAAUGCAAGUUCCCACCAGAACCAGAUGCAAUUUGUCGAUAUCAACAAUGCCAUGGCCACUCCAAAAUCCAAAUAUUUUUUACUGACCCAGACUUUAAGGGUUUUAUACGUAUUACUUGCUGUCAGCAGUGUAGAGUGGAGUUUCAUAUCAGCUGUUGGAAAAAGUUGAAAACAACAAAGUACAGUGAUAAAAAUGAUAAGGAUUUUCUUCAAGAAUUGUGUUUCACUCCUGAUUGCACAGGCCUUAUUUCAAAAAUAGUUAUUUUCAAUUCUUCUGGUCUGGUAAAGUGUGAAUUUGAACAAAAAUUCACAAAACCCAAGGAACCACCAAGAGCCAGUAUUAAACAGAAAUGUUCAAGUCUUAAGAAGUUAAAAAUGAAACAAGAAAAAAAACUACGAAGAAAGCGUGCACAAGAAGAGGCACAGAAUUCUGCUAAAAAGAAAACAGAAGAAAACCAGAUGGAAAGUUAUGUUCAGGAUUUAUAUGCUGGUGAUCGAGUCCUGCAGCAUAUCAGUCGAAAUGCCGAGCAAAUAAAAACAGCUGUUCAUGAUGUUUCCAAACUACUGAAAGAGUUACUUUCAUGGUUUGUAAUUGGGGAGGAGGAUUACACGUCCUAUAUUGAAGCUAGUGGCACGUCACAUGAAGUGAUGGAGCAGCUCAUCAGUUACUUAAUUCAGGAAAAAAACAGAGUUAAAACAAGGAGUUUUAUCCACGUGCUGAGUAAGCUGGAAGAAGUGGAUCCCAAAUUACGCAAAUGGCUGAAACAUCUUAACGACUUGGGUCUGACAGCUACAGGGAACUUUCUUCUUCAAUAUGAACAUUUUUUAAAAGAGCUUGACCUUUCUAUUUUAACCACACUCUGGAAUGAGAAGUAUGGUAGUAAAUUUGGCUAUGUGACAACUAAUUCUGAAGACCAAGGAAUUCAUGAUUAUUUCUUAAAACCACCCCUAGAAAAAAGCCGUUGUUUUAUCUGGCUGUUAGAAGACAACAGAGAAAAAUUUCCAUGUCUUCAUCAAGCUCUAGAUGAAUUAUUUGAUAAAAUGGAUGACCCUAGCAUUGUAUUAAAGAAGCAGGGAAACGAAAACAUAUUGACUAAUGGUAUCAAAAACAAGAACAGGAAGAAGACCUCAAAAGACUCUAAGUCGGUUUUAGUGUUAUCCAGUGGAGUUAGUACAGCACCACGAGAAGAGGAGAAGAUAUUUAUAGAAGAAAAUACAUUAGAUUUCACAGAUUCUAAUGAACCAUUUGGAAUCCCAGAAUAUCUUCGAGGACAACUAGAUGAAUUUGAAGCUCUUUAUGACAUUUCAAAUAGUAACAGUUAUCAAAGAGUCUUGGAUAAUAGCUCAAAUCAAACUUCUGAGAGCUUAUAUGAGUAUUUCUCUCAGAUCUUGGAAGAACAUGGCCCCAUGGAAAUUAAUAAUAAAUUACUAAUUGGGGAAUAUGAAUAUUUCCCUGAAGAAGCUCAAAAGAUUGUAGAAAAUGAAGGUGGUCUGAAAUCUUUUCUUCUGAAAUCCUCUCAUUUUAUUAUGGUGGAUAAUCUUAUUGGCUUAAGAAAGCAUGCAGUUCUUAUUAAUGAAAAUGCCAGUGGAAAUGAGACAGGGGAUAAUGAUGAAAAAAAUGAUACCAUCUGUGAUGUGCAAGAAAAUUCUUCCCAGAACAAGCUACAGUUAAAUCCAAAUGCUAAGGAAUUCAAACCAGAGUUUUAUCCUAAGAAGCCCCAUAUAUCAUCAUCUACUAAAUUAACAGUACCAAGUUACGAGACUCCACAGUAUUUGCCUUGCUCUUCUCCUACUUCAAGUACAUCCAUGCAUUCUUUGAGUCGUCAGAAUAAUGGUAGCAUAGAUAAUAAGUUGACAGACAUUUCACUAGAGUGCUUUGAUUCUAGAAAUCCAUAUAUGCAUUGGGCUUCCUGGUUUUAUCAACAUAAAAUAAUAUUGCCAGUGCCUUCUCAAAUGCCUCUUAUGUCAAACGUUGCUGAGAAACCUAGUUGUAUUUAUGCUGAUCACAUAGUUCAUCAGGAUAAUGAUCAAUCAGCUAUUUCAGACAGAGAAUACGUCGCCUGCAGUUUAUUUUAUCCCCCUGAAAUACCAACGUACAAAGACCCGCAGUGCCAACUGGAGAACUUGGAUAACAAGUUUUAUGAAAAGAAUUUGGCUGUUGCAAAUGGUAAAAAAGAAGCUGACUGUGGUAUACGGGUUAUUAAGACAGAAAAAGAAAACAGAGGUACACCUCUAUUGAAAAACAGUCCUCAUACAAGGAUGAUAGCUGUUCAGGUAAAUCGUGAAGUAGUUGAUAGGGAAAAUAAUACCUUACCUUUUCAUCCAUUUGAAAUGCAACAAGGAGAUAUUCUACGUAUGGAAAAAGAGCAUCACGUGUUAAAAGAACAGCUUAAAGAAGCACAGGAAAAAUAUGAACAGUUACAAAGUCGAAGCUCAGAGGAAAUCAGUGUUUUAAAAGAGCUCCUAAAAAAAAGUGUUGAAGAGACUGAGGUAUCAAAGAAUGAACUGGAUUGGUUUAAUCAAGACUUAGAAAUACAAGUGAAAAAAUGGCAACAGGAGAAAAAAGAAAAUCAAGAGAACUUAAAAGCCCUAAGGAACACAGUUAAAAAGCAUACAGAUACCAAUGAUAGGUACUCGAAGACCAUUGAUGAGAAGAAGAAGCAGUAUAACGUGUGCUUAAACGAAUUUCUUGAGACCAGUAAUAAAUUUGCUAAUGAUAAAGUAAAAUUGGAAGAGUUUAUAAAAAAGAGUGAAGAUGACUACCAAGAGUGUGUGAAAAGAGCUGUUGAAGCAGAGGUAUCUGUACUCAAAAACUGGAAAGAAACUGACGUAUGCAAGAUAAAUGACAUACUUGCCAGUGCAGAAGCAAAUCUCAAGGUGUUGAAGUCAAUGAGCAGCUCAACUUCAGUGGCACCCAAGUUGAAGUCACAUAUUGAUUUUUUGGAGGUAUUUAUUUCAAAUGAAAAGAAUCAACUGGAAAAAGUAGAGGCCAAGUAUGAAGAAAAAAUUCAGAUGGUGAAAAAUGGAGUACGGAACUGCCUCACCAAAGUGGAAACUGUGAAGCUUCCUUCUCUUCCCAACACCUUAGCAAACCAAACCAGACCUCCAGUCAGUGAUCCAGCCAUUGUCAUGUAUUCCUUUGCAUCUGCACAUCCUAAUUCACUUCCUGCAUUUUCAAGUUCUGAAGAUCAAGGUCCAACAUGUGCUUCAUUUAACACAGAGGCCAGAGUUAAGCCAGGAUAUGCAAACUGUAAGCCUUGUUCUGCAAGUGGUGGGCCUGUGAAAACACAAUCCAAGCCUCUGGAAGGAUCAUAUUCUGAUAAAGUUUUGGAAACUUGCCCUUCAGGGAAUUCUGAAAGUAAUACUCAGAAUGUCCAGCCAAACCAGAACCAACAAGAUGACCCAGCUCUACAACUGAAGCCUUCUGGACUUCCAGUCAAAAAAAUGCUUUCAAAACCACUUGAAAAAAUUAUUGUGCAUCUACAGAGUAUAUUCCCAAACUACAGCAGUUCAGACUUGACCAGCUUCAUAAAAGACGUAAACAGAAGAAAUGGGAAUACACUGUCAAAUUUGAGCUUAGAUGAAGUUCUGAGAAGAGUGACAGAACUCAUUCUGGACCAGCAGAAUCAGGCACCAACUCCAACAGGGAGGCCUGUGCAGGCAGUAUCUGCAGCUUCACCUGUGCAGACUGGGAGUCGGGAAGUGCCUGCAGAAGGAAGUGCACCCAGCACACCCAAGGCAGGACCGGCACAUAAGAAUGCCUCAAGUAAAAAUCCAUCUCAGCCCAAUCUCCAACCAUGGCGAAAUGUUGGAGCAACAUCUAAAUUGAAAUGGAAAAAACAAGACAAUACAGCCUCCAGUGAUGAUCCUUGCACAAUAUGUCAUGAUGAGCUAAACAGAGACCCAUGUGAACUAGAAUGUGGGCAUCGCUUUCACAAAGAAUGCAUUAGAACAUGGCUGAAGCAACAUUCAAGUACCUGCCCUGUGUGCCGCGUUCAUGCUCUGUUACCUGAAGACUUUCCUGAGCUUCCUGCACGGAACAAAUACAUGUAAACCUUGUUUUAUUUUAACACUGUGUAAUAAGAUGCAAAAUAACCAUGGUGGUGAGGAACAGCACAGCUUAACCACUCUGAAAAUAUUUUGGAUAGAAUCAGUAUUCAGUUGAUUAAAUGAGGUUAGUCUAGCUGAUUGUAGGGAUCAUUUCCCCAAGUAAGUAUGUAUCUUCCAAAUAAAGUUUUAAAGUGUUCUGUGA